AUGAGGGCUAGCUGGUUUCGCGGGGUGGCCGCUGUGCUGGCAGCCGUUAUGGCUUUGUCCUACAUAAUGUCCAUCAAGCGAGAGGUGCGCUUGUACAGAGAGAGUCUGCACCUCGCUCAUGGGAACGACACAGCCUGGAGCCAAGAGGCUCUCAGGCGGCUGGAGAGGAUGGAGUCUCACAUCGACAAGCUGGUAAAAUCUAUGAAGACGGCUGAUCAUGGACAAGGACAGCCUGAGAGAGAUACGGAGGUAAAGAUGGAGAAGAAGGUGGUGAAGAAGCUAUAUCCAAAUUCAGCACUCUUCAGAAACUGGGGAGACCAGCUGUCUGAGGAAGAGCAGAAAGAGGCAGAGGCUAUGUUUCUGCGAUAUGGAUACAAUGCCUUCCUGAGCGACAGGCUGCCCCUAAACAGAGAGAUCCCAGACACGAGAGACAAAAGAUGCUUGGAGAGAAAAUACCCAGAGGACCUGCCUACGAUCAGCGUGGUUCUGAUCUACCUGAACGAGGCCCUGUCUAUCAUCAAGAGAGCCGUUCGCAGCAUCAUCGAUAAGACACCUGCUCACCUGCUGAAGGACAUCAUACUGGUGGAUGACAACAGCUCUAAUGAGGAUCUGAAGGACAAGCUGGACGCCUACAUCAGCUCCAUCCAUGAAGAGCGGCCUGGUCUGGUGAGGAGGGUGAGACACCAAGAGCAGAUGGGUCUGACACAAGCCCGCAUCUCAGGGUGGGAGGCUGCUACAGGGGAUGUGGUGGCCAUCUUGGACGCUCACAUAGAGGUCCAUGCGCAAUGGGCGGAGCCGCUGCUGGCUCGGAUUAAGGCAGACCGGACCGUGGUGGUGAGCCCGGUGUUUGACAAAGUGAAUUACGAUGACCUGACAUUGAUGCGACACAAUACAUACGCCCACGCCUUCGACUGGGCUCUGUGGUGCAUGUAUGAAGGAUUCAGACCCGAGUGGUACGAACUCAAUGAUGAGUCACAGCCAGGGAAGAGUCCCUCCAUCAUGGGCAUACUUGUGGUUGACCGUCUUUUCUUUGGGGAAAUUGGAGCUCUGGACGGAGGGAUGAAAAUCUAUGGUGGUGAAAAUGUGGAGCUGGGAGUUCGCGUGUGGCUGUGUGGGGGCAGUAUAGAGAUAGUGCCGUGCUCCAGGAUUGCCCACAUUGAGAGAAGCCAUAAACCCUACCUACCCGACCUCAGUAUCACCAUGAAGAGGAAUGCUCUAAGGGUGGCUGAGGUCUGGAUGGAUGAGUACAAACACCAUGUCAACAUUGCCUGGAAUCUUCCUCUUAAGGAUCAUGGGAUUGAUAUUGGGGAUGUGUCAAAGAGAAAGAAACUCAGAGAGAGACUGAAAUGUAAGCCCUUCAAGUGGUACCUGGACAACGUGUAUCCCCAGCUGGACACCUGGGAUGACCUUGUUGCUUAUGGCGCUCUGAUUAAUGACCUUAAGAAGGAUGUCUGUAUUGACCAAGGGCCUGUUCCUGGAAACACACCCAUUCUUUAUGGGUGUCACUUCUAUUCUCCUCAGAGCUGUUACUACCGCACAGAUGGACAGAUCUACAUCGGGGGAAUCAAGUCUCACAAGUACAAUGACAAUCGCUGCCUGGUGGAUCCUGGCACUGGCAGUACACCUGGGCUAUACGAGUGUAAAGAGGCCAAGCAGAAAGGAUUCCACAUGCACUGGGACUUUAAACAGGGACAGGCUAUAAAGAACACAGACACAGAGAGAUGUCUUGAAAUAGCCAAAGGAGAAGACGCCUAUUAUCACCUCAUCAUCCAAGGAUGCAGCGGACAAAGCUGGAGAAUACAGCACGUGAUAAAAGACUUCUGA